AAAAGCGUUUUGUCGACUCUGAUCACUAUGUUUACGAAUGGCGGCGGGUUUAAGAUUAGCAGAGAUUUAAUGUUAUUUUACAUUUAAAAUAGCCAUUAUCUUACAAGAUGAUGACAUACGACGAACUCCUUGAUACAGAAAAGAAUGGAGAGAGUUCUACUCCUAAUAUCAACCUCUUCAAUUUUGAGGAUCCAAAAUUUGAAGACAGUAAAUAUGUUCUCACUAGUCCAAGGUCCUUGGAGUCUUGUGCAAGAGUUGGGGUGAAGCCAGUAAAUCUGCUAUAUAAGCCAUUGUCAGAUUUCCAAGAAGAACUUUUACCUCAAGAUGUCCCUCUGCGAACUAUCUACAAUAUUUAUGACGAACAUGAGCAUGACAGACAACGAAAAAUAAGGUUAUGCAGAAAUGAGAGAAACAAAAUUGAAGUAGCUCCACCAACUAAACGGACGUCGAGAAAACCACGAGGAAAGUCUCCGAUGGCGAGGUCUCACUCCGCACGUUCCUCGUCCGGUCAAGGUCGACUUGGACUGCCUCUUUCAGAUGAAGGACUGAAUGCAAGUAGGAGUACCUUGCAGAGAAACCGCACAGCAUGGGCCACCUCUGUGGGUCACAAGAGGGUCACCCCAGGUGAACUCGAUCAAAGAAUGUCAGAACUUCAUGAAGAGAGUAUGAAGUUAAGGAAUGAACUGCUGUCCAGAAAAGAUAGGCCAAGAUCUAGCCGAGCUGCUAAGAAAUCAUCACUGAGAAGAAGUAAAAGUGCAUCCAAUCUGUCACUGUCAGGGACCUCACUAUUAAACAAGAGUUCUAUACGAGAGGCCAAACCAAUAGAAAACACCAAACUCAGGAAAACUCUCAGUAAAUCACAGGACCUCUCCAAUAUCACUGCAACACCGAGGGAUCAGAGAAUUCUGGAGUUGAUGAUGAUGAAAGGUGAAGGGGAGAAAUCAGCCAACCGUGGCCGCUUCAUAGCUGAUUUGGCAUGGGAAGAACAACGUAAACUUGAGGAAGAGGUCAAGGUCAAGACUGAAAUGAAGCGGAGGCAGCUAUUGGCUGAGGAAAACAGAAUUAAGGAUAUGAAAAAGGAACAGAAAGAAAGAAGAAGGAAGAAGGAGGAGGAGAAAUGGAAAGAGAGUAUAAACAGAGGCAUUCAAAGCAGCAUGCAGCAUUGGGAUAGAAGGUCUCAGACACAGCUCAGGAUGAGGGACCUACAACUAUCAGAGAAGAAAGAGAAAGAAGAUCUCAAAAAGAGGCUACAGGAAACAAACAAAUCUUUUCUGACGAAAGAUGAAGAAGAAAUGAAAGAACUGGUCCGCAUGAAAAGCGAAAGUGAUUUGAAAUCGGCCUCUCAAAAGAAAGAGAAUAGACUUCUACAGGAAACCUUGCGUAAACUGUUAGAGGAAAGGAGUAAAAGAGAAUCAUUUGAACAGAGACAGCAAGAAUUGGAAAUGUUAAUAGAAAAAGAGGAGGAGGACCUAAAGUCUAGCAUCAACAAAAAGCACAGACAUGCUACCUAUAAUCAUCAGCAGGCCAUAGAGAGAAGGGACAAGGAGCUCAAUCUCAGCAGGAUGGAACGAGAAAAGAAAUCGCUGCAUGCGAAGUUAGCUCAGCAGAAACUUGAGGAUGAGAUGGACGAAUGGCGUUCUUCUAUUACAAACCACAGGAAAAUGGCCGAGGAACAUGCCUCAGAGAUAGUUGCCAGGAAAAUGGAGAUUAAAACAAAACAAGCUCAGGAAAACCGUGAAGAGAAAGAGCAACUACAAAGAGAAAAACUCAAACAAUUAGAAAAAGAAGAAAGGUUGAAGAAACGGGAAGUUAAGCAUGAGAUUCUGUGUAAAGAAAAGCGGGCUCGGAGUGUAGAACUGGACAAGAGUCUGACCAUACAGAAGUCCCGAGAGGUAGCUCACCAGUCUCAGAUCCUCAGAAACAGUCUAAGGGAGAAGUACGGGGGUGAAAGUUUUGACAAGAAGGUGCAAAAAGUGAACCUCUUCAACAAGUUGAAACUGGGUCAGUAUGCCUGAUUCCGAGUUCUGUGCUAUGCAAACCACUUCUGUGAUACGUUUUAUAUAUGUGUGGAUCUCGUAUUCUUUGAUCCUACAGCAUUGUGUGAGAGCAUUUAUUGUUUAAUGUAAACAGUGUUCAAAUUAAUUUAUUUUGGGUUUUUUUAUAAGGAAAUUGUAUAGUGCAAGAUUUUUUAGAUACAGCAGCAUUUAAACAUGGAUCAGUGGUGGAUCCAGAGGGGUGGGGGUCCGGGGGUUUUAACACCCCCCCCCCCCCCCCACUUUCGUCAGAAAAUAUGCUUUAAAAAGGGGGGAAAAUUAAACAUUUUGAGGGUGGAACCCCUGUUUGAAAACCAAAAUUAAUAAUAGACCCCACCCCCUUAAAAACAAUUUCUGGAUCUGCCUCUGUAGAUUUUUAUUACAGUAAGUUUUAUUUAAUUUUAUCUAGAUUUUGUGUAAAGAAUGAUUAUCUGUACACACAUGAACAUAUUAUAUGUACAUAUAUUGUAAAGUGAGGGUUUUUUUUUUUGUCAGUGGCAAGAUUUGAAUACAGAAAGUAGAUGGAUUUUUCAUGUUGAAACAACUAACCAGCAUCUAAGAUGCAAAUACACAUAUUAAAGAUUUUCUAUUUUGUGGAUUUCAUUUUCAUUUUUCAUAUGGAUGUGAUAUUGCGAUAUAUAUGAAAAGUAGAAUGAGCAUGAAAAGAGAAUAAAUGUUAAAUUUAAUAUUGUGUAUGUCAAAAGAAAAGCUUCACAUUGUAAUUAAAAUGCAAAUGGUUUAAUUCAAUGUUGUCUAGUACAUCAAGAAGUGCAAUGACCUUCAGACACCCCCACCCCCUCCCCAACUCUUUUUAUUAUAUUAUGUAUUAUUAUUAGUGUAUUACUAUGAAAACUGCAUGUAUAUUACAGAGGGACAGUGAACUGUGGUGAUUUCAAAGUUGAAAUAAAAACCAAGUUUUUAAAAUCAUUUUUAGAAGAUAGAUUGGAGGUCAUUGAAAAUGUAUUAAAUUUAAGAGAAUGUAUGGUUGAUGAAUGUUUGAUUGUAAAGAAGAUUAGUAUACUAGUUAUUUUAUAGAUAGAGGAAAUAUUGUUAAAAGAGCACAAAUAAAGAAAGAAAUUCUCA